AUGAUCUACCCAAACGAGACCAAGAAGGGUGCAGACUAUGCAACCCGAGGUUGCCCCCACCUCGACAAGUGCUCAGCGAGUCCCAUCUGGCGACUUGCUGUUGAGCGUGUCGUCGACCAGGCCGAUGACCUGAUUGUACUGGCUGAGAUUGGUGGCCUAGACUAUCCCACAGGCAUCGCCAACAAGAGCCAGCGGUCCAUCGCCCGCGCGACCAGAGUACUGGUUCCAUUUUCCCAGAACCUGCCAGCCUGGAAGCUUGUCAUCGACUUCGCCGCUGUCCUCGCCGCUCUGUUUAGCUUCCAGUACCAUAUGGAACCAUCAGACCGGCUACUCGCAGCUGUUGUUGGCACAUGGAUGGCCUGCCGUGCCGCCCUGGCUUGGGUACAGGCGGCGGCCAAGGCGACGGCCGACCUAAACUCGUAUCUGGGUGAGAUGUGCCUGUCCAUGCCUCAGCUGCACGCUGCGGAGGAGGGAUAUCUCACACAAAGCGCUCGGGAUGCCCUUCUAGAGAUGUACAUAUCCCUGGCACAGCAUUUGAUCCAUGCUCUGCGAUUCAUCGAAUCCCACCAGCGCGUGCUCCUUCACCAGAGGGCAUGGACAAGACUUGCCAUCCAGAGCGCAUCGGCAGUGUGGCAGCACAAAAGGCUAGUGGCAGUUGCGGAGGCGGAAUGCUUAAGAAGCAAAUCUUCUCAAGAACUCCUUGGACUUGUCCAACAGAAGAAUUCUUAUGGCAAUGUUCCCGCACGGUUCAGUUCUCGCUUUCAUGGUAGAGAGGAUGUCCUGCAGGCGAUGGUGAUUGCGCUACGUCCUGGGCAAGUUGGUGGUGAUGAACUGAAAUCUUUCGUGCUCUUCGGCAUCGGUGGGGUUGGAAAAACUGAGAUAGCCCAUCAAUACGUGGCUCGACAUCGUAAAGAUUAUUCGGCGAUCUUCUGGGUCAACGCCUCCAACCUCGAGACGUUGCGGGAGAGCUUUGAGGAGAUCGCCCAGCUGAUUGAAACAGAGGUUCGGGGCUCGCAGUCUCCUAUGACCAAAGUACACAACUGGCUUAACGAAACGGAGACAGGUCAAAACUGGCUUAUGGUAGUGGACGGAGCAGAUGAUCUGGAGGUUUUGGAGAAGUUUUGGCCGGGCAACGGCCGUGGUUCAGUCCUUGUCACGACGCGAGACCACACUGGCGCACAGGAGCGAGGGCUGGACUCGGCUUACAAUGUCCGGCCAUUCAAACCAGUCGAGAGCGGCAAGUUCUUGUUGGACACUUUAGGGAUGUACAACGCAUCCCCGGAUGACCAAGCAGUCGCCAAUGGUGUCGCGGGUCGGCUCGGCCACCUCCCACUCACCAUCAAACAGGCCAGCGGAUUCAUCGUCCGCAGACAACUGUCGCUGUGCGAUUUCAUGUGCAAGUACAGGAUGCCACCCGACGCGGAUGAGAUCGACGAGUUGAAAUCAUGCGCAGGGUACCCACAGACCGUCGCGACCGUAUGGAAGGACACAUUCUCUAGGACCACCAAAAAGGCUAUGCUUUUCUUGAACAUUCUUGCCUUCAUGCAGCCCAAGGGGGUCACUGAGGAUGUCCUUGACCGAGGAACCGUGCUCCUAAGGAGGGCGCAUCCAGAGAUGGGAAGAGAGGGCUGGAAACUGAUGAUCUUCAUGAACGAGGGUAUGGAACUGUCAGAAGCGCAGGAGGUUCUGCUCAAGUGGGGUCUGAUAUCCCGGGAUUCGCAGACCGGAUUCGUAUCGAUGCUCCGGGCGGUCCGUCAGCAAGUCAUUCGCCGGCUGGAACUCGCCGAGCGCGAGCACUUUUCUUUUAUUGCAAAAGAGAUCCAGCGCCUGAUUGCGGAAAAGGACGAGGAAGAAAAGACUGGAAAAACGGUGCCGGAAUCUGCGGUGUGUAUGCAGAAGAAGCAACAGCCGGAAGCUGUGAAGCUAAUCCCCAAGCGGCCGAUCGCACUGAGCCCUCAUCUCGCCAAGGCAGCAGGGGACAGAGCUUGGGAAGCCAAUACACCAGCCGGACCGCCCCGGGGUAGGAUUAUGUUAGAAUUUGCGGCAUACUUAGCAGCCCGUAACGGGACUUCCCAGGCCGACUCACCGGCCCCACCAUUGAAGAAGAGAACUUUGGCGGAUUCUGCGGCUUCUGUGGCGACACAACCGCCAGGAGGAGGAACGAGCAGCGUGCCGCCUGUGGUGAUGAGCGCCGAGCAAGCCAGAGCGGGAGAGGCUAUGACUUGCAAAAUCAACGCGCAGGCCCAACCGUCCCAGAAUGAUUCUCCGCAAGAUCUGUAG